GUAAAAUAUUCCCGCCAAUAUUGCCGUAAAGCGGGAUAAGGUUGCAAGAAAAAAACAAAAUGUGGAUUCAAGUUAGAUCUUUUGACGGGAAAAAGUCCCUUAGAGUUGAUGAUCUGUCAAAACUAACAAAAAUAGAAGAUCUUAGGGAGAGACUUGUUGAACAUUUCGAUGCACCCGUUGACUGUCAACGUUUGUUUUACCGUGGGAAACAGUUGGUGGAUGGACACACCCUGUUUGACUACAGUGUCGGACUGAAUGACCUCAUCCAAUUGCUGGUGUCGGCCCCCCAGCGUUCAGAAGAAAAUGGCCAAGAGAAGACAAAUGAUGAAAGCUCUGAUAAAGAAAAUGAAAAGGGACAAGAGGAUGAUGUUGAUGAGAAUAUUGCGGAUGAAACAGACACAAAUGACAGUAUAUACAAAGUUGGGGAUGUUCUUGAUGCCAGAGAUGUAGGCAUGGGGGCGUGGUUUGAGUGUAAACUGAUGAAGGUCACGCGAUCUACCGCAAAUGCAGACAGCUCAAAUACUGUAGAAACGUCAAAACCAGUCUUGUCAGAAUCUAGUUUACAACUUUCACAAAAUAGCAAUACUGACCAUAAGGAUAAGAGUUUGAGUGAGGACAAGAGUGUUAAAAGUGAGAACAGUGGUGAUAUAAAGUCAGAAUCUAUGGACACUUCGGAAGGUGAAGCAAAGGCAAUAUUGACAGCAUAUGAGAAACUGUUUGAUAUUGUGCGGGAUGAUGGAUUUAUCUACCAUAUUGUUUAUGAGGGGUAUGACGAGGACGACCACGUAAAGUUGAAGUGCAAGGAUGUACGACCAAGGGCAAGAACCAGCAUUAAGUUCUCCGAUGUCACGGUGGGUAGCGUAGUUUUAGCCAACUACAACAUAGAGGAACCAGAAGAGAGGGGCUUCUGGUAUGACUGCAUCAUCACUGAGAAAACAGAUACACGCACAGUGAAGAAGCUGACAGCUACUGUGUAUUUUGGUCCUGAUUUGACCCCCCUUGAGAACUGCAAGUUGCUGUUUGUGGAUGAAAUAUUCACGGUGGAAGAACCCGGCACCCAGCUGACGGCAGAAGAUCUUGCUAGAAACCCGUCCAUGUCUCCCGUAAAACGAACAAACAAGCCUGACUGUGAGCACUGCAUGGACAAUCCUCGAAAGAAGUGCAAGCAUUGUGCGUGCUGCAAGUGCGGGGGCAAGCAUGAGCCUGAGCGACAGAUCAUCUGUGACGAGUGCAACAAGGCAUACCAUCUGCAGUGCAUGGACCCGCCCCUGACAGCAAUACCAACGGAGGAUGAAUGGUACUGUCCUGGAUGCAAGCUUGAUUCGUCAGAGAUUGUGAAAGCGGGAGAGAAACUGAAAGAAAGCAAGAAGAAAUCUAAGAUGGCCUCUCAACAGAACAGCACAAGUCGAGACUGGGGAAAGGGAAUGGCGUGUGUUGGUCGACAGAAAGUCUGCAAUAUUGUACCAAUGAAUCACUUCGGGGCCAUUCCUGGAGUGGAAGUGGGGACCAUGUGGAAGUUUAGAGUGCAGGUGAGCGAGGCAGGUGUCCAUAGGCCCCACGUGGCUGGGAUAGCAGGCCGAGAGAAUGAAGGGGCGUACUCCAUUGUGCUGUCCGGCGGCUAUGAGGAUGAUACUGACAAUGGAGACUCGUUUUUUUACACUGGAAGUGGUGGUAGAGACCUGUCUGGUAACAAACGGACAGCACAACAGUCCUGUGAUCAGACGCUGACUCGCAUGAACAAAGCUCUAGCCAAGAACUGCAACGCUCCCCUGGAUGCUAAGAACGGUGCUACAUCAAAGGACUGGCGCGCAGGCAAGCCUGUGAGGGUGGUGCGCAACUGCAAGCUGGCCAAGCACUCUGAAUAUGCCCCUGAGGAGGGGAACAGAUAUGAUGGCAUAUACAAGGUUGUUAAGUACUGGCCAGAGAAAGGUCAGUCUGGUUUCCUGGUGUGGCGCUACCUCAUGCAGCGAGACGACCCGGUUCCUGCUCCAUGGACCGCAGAGGGGAAAAAGAGAACAAAACAGCUGGGCCUGGAGAUGCAAUACCCUGAUGGUUACCUGGAGGCUCAGGCUGCGAAGGAGAAGGAGGCGGAGGAGGGUAAGGCAAAGAAAGGAAGCAAAAGGAAACGCAAGGACAGUGAAGAGGAGGAGGAGAAUGAGGAAUCUGAAAGCCCUUCUAAGAAGCCUAAAAAGGUUGUUGCUUACAAGCUAACUGACAAGCAGAUGAAGUUAGUGAAGGAAGACUCCGAGAACAAGAAACUCUGGGAUGAGGCUUUGGAACACAGGAAAGAGGGUGGACAGAAAUUCUUGGCCAAGGUAGAGGAGCUGUUUACGUGCAUCUGUUGCCAGGACAUGGUGUUUAAGCCUGUCACCACUGUCUGUCAGCACAAUAUCUGCAGGUCAUGCCUGCAGCGAGCAUUCAAAGCAGAUGUAACCUCAUGUCCGGCGUGUCGUAUGGAGCUAGGAAAAGACUUUAAGAUGCCUGUAAAUGACGCCCUGUCUGGUGUUCUCAUUGACCUGUUCCCUGGGUAUGACGCGGGGCGGUAGACGGCAGAUGUGGGCCAUUUCAGUUCAAUACGUUCUUAACAUUUCUUGCUCAUCAUUGCUUUGACUUGCAAGCUUGUGGUAAAAUUGUGUUGACAUGCAAUCUAUGGUUUCUAAUGUCAUAAUGAAUUCAUAGUCAAAGUAGAGGACGUUGCUGGAAAGUUGGAGAAUGUUAAAUUAUCAAUCGAAUAGCUAUAAUAUUUAAUGGAUGAUUUGGUGUUAUUAAGUUCAGCACGCUUGUUUGUUCUUAAAUAAAAUAACAUAGUUUUAUUUUACGACAUAUUUGUUCAAAGAUUCAUGAACUAGUAUACUUUUGGACUAAAUGUGUUUUUACUUUCUGAUAAAAAAUAUGAAAUUAUUUGUGGAUAUGUCAGAUGAUUGAAAUAUAUAGCUUGUGAUGUACUGAUAUCUGCAUGGUUAAUUUGGCGUCUGCUAAAAUGUUGGCUGCUAAAUUUCUAAAAUUAGCAUUUUCUUCGAUUUUUUUCAAAGAAUACUAUCAGAAUAGCAAACAGUUUGGAUCCUGAUGAGACGCCAGGUUCUGUGGUGUCUCAUCUGGAUCCAAACUGUUUGCACAGGCCUUCAAAAUUCGGUUCCCGCACUGAAAGAGUUAAAAAAAUAUCGUCUGUCAUUUUUCACCAUUAUAUUUUUCCAAUAUAUAUUUAACGCAUAACAAAGUUUAUCAUUCAUAUUAUUGUUAAUGUUAUUAAAAAUACCCAUAAUUAUAUACUACUUGCACAAUACCUACACGUAUAUAAUAAGCCUUAUUUCAGUUAGAAUAAAGUUGUUUUUUCAUGAAGUGAAGUUUCAUCUUUGGAGCAGUUUUACUUGGAAUGAAUCAUUUAAAACUGACUCAUAAAUCUGCUUGAGUCUUGUUGAUGCAGCUUUUUGUCUCUAAAGUUGCCAUUGAAAAAGGUUUAAUGCUUAUAAAAGAAUUGUGUUCUUUGUAUGGAAGUAUACUUCCACUCAAUAUUGAAUAUUCAUGAUUAAAUCUUACAUUCGAUCCUUAAGCAUGUGAAUUUGUGCAUGGGGAGUUCGCUGUUUGUCUCUAAUAGCAAAAUAUAUGGGAUAUAUUUUUAAUAGUUAUAUAGCCAUUUACCUGUAUUAUAUCAUAAACCAUGUAUAUUUUUCGUAAUCGCCAAUAUAAAAUUGCACUGUAAGUGGGAACCCAACAUUAAUCUGUGAUACGCAGUUAACAAGUGAGAACCUCAAAAUUUACCUCGACUACAUGAGAAAUUGUUGUCUGUUGAAAACUUUUGACUGAUGUAUGGUGUAAAUAUGAAGUAGUUACAUGCACUUAUCAUCUGUGAACCUACUUAACUGCUGUCAAAUGUGGAGCUAUAUUAAAUAAAAUUUUAACUUAA